CUCUGUGCCCCUUCUCAGAAGAUGCCAGGCUGUCUCCUAGGACCAGGAAUCCAGUGCAAGGCAGCCUCCCCUCCUGCUCCAGGGGACAACACUGAAAAGGAACAUGGAGGGUGCAGCUCACACCGACACGGAGCUCGUGUCCCCCACGGUGGAGCUCACGCCCUCCCUGACGCAAAAAAUCUCUCUGUUGGAACAAAAAAUAGAGAAACAAGCACAAGAAAUCCAGCUGAAGGACAGGAGGAUUGCUGAACUCGAGGAGAAGAUAAAGACUCUUCAGGAAGGGGAAGGUGCUCCUGACUCAUCCACCCUGGGAGAGCUGGAAGCGAGGUGCCUUCAGCUGCAGACCCAGGUCUGCGAGAUGGAGCGGUUUCUGAAUGACUACGGUCUGAUUUGGGUUGGAGAGACACAGGAUCAGCUGGAAGACACAGAAUCUCUCGGGGAUGAAGGGGAGCUGCUACCAAGGAGCCUCUGGAAGCCAGGUGAAGGAGUCGUUUCCAAAUACCAGGUUGAUUUUGAUUUAAUCUUGGAGAACGUUAAAUAUUUGAACCUCCUGGCUGGAGAAGGCAGUCCUCAAAUCAAGCACACACUCCAGGGGGCUCGGCUGAGGCAGCCAGAACCCAUCCCUCUCACCCUGUACCAAAAUGGGAUCGUCAUGUGCAACGGAGCCUUCCGGCCCUACCAGGACCCAUCCACACAGCAAUGCCUGCAGGACAUCAUGGAUGGGUAUUUCCCUUCAGAGCUGCAGCAGCGCUACCCCGAUGGCGUCCCUUUGCAGGUCACUGACAGAAGGGACGUGGUAUUUGAGGAGAGGGACCUUCCAAGGAGUUUUCCUGGCCAUGGCCAAAUAGUUGGUCAUUCAGAAUCAAACCAAGUGCAGGAAACCACUGAGAUCCCAGGUCCCAAAGCCUCCUUGGAGCAGUUUCCCAACGAGCUUCCCAAGCCCCUGGAACAUGGAGGAGGAGUGGUUGGUGUCCAGGGCUCAACUGGAGCAGCACAGCAGGGUUCUGAUGGGGUGCAGAGCAGCAAAGAGACCCUGGUGGAGACACCCAAGCUGGCUGCCCUGGAGAGGUACAGGGUGAAGAUGACUGAAGAGGCUGAAGCUCCUGCCCCUGGAGUCUGCACUCUCCGUGUCAGGUGCGAGAGCGGGGAGCACACGCACGUUGUGAGGAUGCUCUUCACCGACACCAUCGGGGACCUGCGCCAGCACCUCGCCCGCAUCAGGGGCGGAGACUCCGAGUCGUAUGAGAUCAUCAGCACCUUUCCCCAGAGGCUGUACACAGACAACUCCAGGAGCCUGCAGGAAUGUGGGCUGAUCCCCAAUGCCUCCUUGCUGCUGAGGAGAAGAGACCCCUCCCAGCAAGAGAGACAGGGCUGCAAACACCGUAACAGCUCCUCAUCCCAAGCUCUGCAAGAAGGAGCUGCCUCUCACCUGUUAUAACCUUCCCUGGCUGGGAAGAGGUUUUCUUUCCAGAUUUAGUUUCCUUGUGCCGUUACCUGGGAUGGAGAAAAGCCUGGAGCAGUGGUUUGGCCUCUCCCUGUGACAGAGGGUGCCAGGCCCACUCCUGCUGCCUUGCAGUGGGUGCUAUUCCCCGAGACAGGUGGGCUCCCAACCCAGGGACACUUCCAUCAGCUCACACCUGGGGUCCAGGCCUGGUUCCUCAUUUGUGUGGAGUUACACAGGCUGAUCCCUGCCCAGGGGAGCCCGCCAGCUUCACACUGGUACUGGGCUCGGGGACUCUAUAGCAGCAGGACACACACACAGCUGGUCCCACAGAUUUCAACUGCACUGACACCGGGGGGGAACAGGCUCAGUUCUACGGUCCCUGGUGAAACUAAACCUGAAGGCCUUGAGCCAUUGCAAUGCUGGGACUGAGCCAGACUCGACUCAGCCGGGAGAUCCUGCAACUGGGCUUCCUGUACGUGCACAACUCCUUCCCUUGGACAGCCCCCAGCUCCAGCAGGGCCCAGGCUCCAGCCUGCCUGCACUUACCCGCCCUCCCUCCCUCCUCCUGCUCGAGCUGGAUGCUGCAACAGGACACCGUGUCAUUGGAGAAGAGCAUAAUCCCUCCGCGGCUUCUCCACGGAGCCCUGAAUAAAGCAUCUUCCUCCUUCUCCGUGGGCUGGGGCUGCACUUUGCAGGCCCUUUUUCCCUUCCCAGCACAUUCUUCCCAUUCCAGCUGUGACAAGCUCCCACUUGACUCCCAGCUGACAACACUCCCACUCAUUUGAGGCAGCGCCUUCUGGCAGGUUCCCUCUCAGCAGACCCAGCCCUCAUUAAAGGCUCCCAAUGAAACCCUUUA